UUAAAGAAAAGAUAACUCAGGCGAUUUCAAGAAAUGAAAAUAUGCAGACAAGAAAAUUAUUUCGUUUAACAGCACUUAAUAAUUUAUUGAAAUGUUGCAGAUCCUAUGCACAAGCCUCUUCUGGCAACAAACAAAAAUGGAGUUAUGCCCAUGGCCCAAGUGAUACACCAUUACUAGGAUCUACCAUAGGCCAAGCUUUGCAGGACUGGACUGAACUGAGACCAGACAAAGAAGCUGCAGUAUUUUGUAAAGGCAAUAUUAGAAAAACUUUCCAACAAAUCUUAGAAGAGUCAGACCAGUUGGCAGCAGGACUAUUAGAACUUGGUAUUAAACGAGGAGACAGAGUAGGAAUAUGGGGACCAAACUCUAUAGAAUGGAUACUGACACAGUAUGCCACAGCAAGAGCUGGAAUCAUACUGGUCAAUAUAAAUCCAAUGUACAUAGCCAAUGAAAUGCAAUAUGUGUUAGAACAGACUGGUUGUAAAGCAAUAAUUGCUGCAGAAGAGUUCAAAGGUCAUGACUAUUAUGACAUCCUAUUCCAUUUAAUACCAGAAUUAGCCAGGUGUGAAGAUGGCUUUAUCAAGAGUCACAGGUUACCAGAGUUAGAGACUGUUAUAAUGAUAGGAGAGAAGAAACACCAGGGUACCUUGAAAUUCUCAUCUGUGUUGGAAGCUGGUACCAGUAAACGUAAAGCAGAAAUCAUGGACCUUCAAAAAAGAUUACAGUUUGAUGACCCAAUCAAUAUACAGUUUACCUCUGGAACCACAGGAUCACCUAAAGGAGCCACUCUUUCCCAUCAUAAUAUUUUAAACAACAGUUAUUUCAUUGGUCGCAGAUUAGGAUAUCAUGAGAAGGAAACUCGAAUCUGCAUUCCAGUACCUUUAUACCAUUGUUUUGGUAUGGUAAUAGGAAGUCUUACAAUGGCAUCACAUGGUGCUACUUGUGUAUUCCCAUCACCUGCAUUUGAUGCUAAAGACACACUGGAAGCCAUUAGUAAAGAAAGAUGCACAUCUGUGUAUGGAGUACCAACAAUGUUUAUAGACAUGCUGAACCAUCCAGAUUUACACAAGUAUAAGUUAUCAUCAUUGUAUACUGGAAUCAUGGCAGGUGCUCCCUGUCCUAUUGAGACCAUGAGGGAGGUGAUUGGAAUCAUGGAAAUGCCAGGUGUUACUGUUUGCUAUGGAACAACUGAGAAUAGCCCUGUCACAUUCCAGAACUUCAGAGAUGAUAACAUAGAGAAAAAAAUAGGAACCAUAGGUAAACCACACCCACAUGUGGAGGCAAAAGUUACAGAUGAGUAUGGUAAUGUUGUACCAUGUGGGACUCCUGGAGAGUUAUGUACACGUGGAUACACAACAAUGUUGGGAUACUGGAAUAAUCCUGCUAGAACAGCUGAUGUUAUCAAGCCAGACAGAUGGUACCGUACAGGAGAUAUUGCCACAAUGGAUGAGGAUGGCUACUGUUCUGUAGUAGGGAGGAUAACAGAUAUGAUCAUUAGAGGUGGUGAAAAUGUGUAUGCCUUUGAAAUAGAACAGGUUAUAUAUCAUCACCCGUGUGUUAAAGAUGUCCAGGUGGUUGGUGUUCCUGUUGAGAGGUUGGGAGAAGAAAUAUAUGCUUUUAUCGAGUUUAAAGAAGGAUUUACAUGUACUGAGGAAAACAUUAAAGAUUACUGCAAAACCAGGAUGGCUAGAUUUAAAGUUCCAAGGUAUGUGAAAUUUGUUAAAGAAUUUCCUCUAACAGCUACAGGAAAAGUCCAGAAGUUCAAACUGAAAGAUGAAGCUAUGAGAGAUCUCAAUUUGAUUGACUAAGCAAAAUAUUUUUAUUCACGGGUCAUACAUUGAUUAGUGGUGAUAUUUGAUUUCUACUUAGUAUAGGUUCUAACUUAUUAUACCGAAUAUAUUUCGUUCUAUAUUUUUAUGUGCAAAAAUGAAAUCCCUAACAUUUAAUAUUUUAUAAUGAUGUCGAAGUAUUUUUUUUUUUACAGUUUUGUUGUCAGUUUUCGAUCUGACACCAAAUAAAAAUUAAAAAAAAAAAAAAACAGAAAUUAGAUUCAACAAUGACUUUUCAGUUCAUUUAGUGCUCUCGAUAAACAAUUGUCGAAUAUAUUUUUGCAGUGUCAGAAUAGAAGUUAUUUUUUUUAAUUUGAGCAAUAUGAAAUAAGAUGUUUCAAUUUUAGAUCAUUUGUUAAUGUUUUAAGAUGUAGACUAUAGACCUUAUAGCUAUUUCGGAAUCUGCAACACUUGAACGAUUUACAUCAUACAAUAAUCACUUCUGCAUUGUCUCGUCAGACAUUUUUCUCUUUAAUAUGUCGUCAAAAUUUUAUGAAAAAACCUGUGAUCAUCAGUAAUGAUAGGCAAAUAGGGAUAAGGUGUAUUUUAAAUUUAUAUUCGCAUGAUUGGAGCAGUGGUAGAAAUGAUUGAAAUAUUCAUGUAAAACAGAUAAAAUAUUUUCCUAGUUCAUGAAAAGCAUGUUUGUAAGAAAGUUCUGUUAAAUCAAUAACACUAUUUUUAUACUUAUACCAGGGAACCAUCAUACACCAUUGUUAAAUAUAUAGUUGCAAUUGUUGUGUGUUUUACAAAGAGGAUUUGUGUUUUAUUUAUUUUAUUUAAUAAGGCAAUGACAUAAAUUUUUAUUACAGAAACUUAAUUAUUUUAGGACUGGAGCUUUUAAAAUAAGAAAGUAAUUUUUGUUAAACCAAUACCAAAAAUUGAAAGUAAAAACAAAUGCAUGACAAAAAGUUAAUAUUUCAUUAAGCUUGAAUUAACAUGUGAUACAUAUUACUUUUAAUAAUAUUUUAAUGGCUUUUUUGGUGCAAAUAUAUAAUGUUAUAUUUUUUCAGUUAUGUUUUUUGUUUUGUUUUGUUGAACUAUUUACUAUGUUCCAAGGGAACUGAAACUAAGCUUGUGCCAUAUAUAAAAUGUAAGCUUUUUUAUAUAUUCUUGAACAACUCAAAAGUUGUAACUUUUACUUGCAUUUUAAAAAUGUGUAAUCAUGCCAUAAUAUAAUAUCAGAUGUUCAAUGGGUUGAUAAUCUUAUUUAUUUGUUUAUUCUUAUACUUUUUUUACUGUUAUGCAAAGUUUUGGAUUGAAUAAUAUUUGAGAUCAUUUUUUUCCAGCAAUAAUCAUAAUUCAGGUAUCAUUUAAUUUCUAAAUUUUUGUAACAUUUUUUUUUAUAUUAAACCCUUUUAUUAAUUGAUACAGAUUAUGGAUAGAUCAGUUCUAUUUCCUACAAAUUUUGUUACAUGGGGACAAUUUGUAUUGCCUUACUGAAGGGGAUUUUGAUUGAACUUAUACAUGAGUUUUCUUUCAAAAUUUUUAUAGGUGAUGCAAUAAAUAAACUGUAGCAAGUGAAACAAGAAUUGUAUUCUAUAUGUGUAUUUUUUUAAAAGUAUGUUAUACAUUUCUUCUACACAUGUAAUGAUUUCAAAUAUAAAAUUAUAUUUAUACAGCAUUUACUAGAAAUAUAUUAUUUUCAAUGGA